UGCGCAGACGCAGAGCUUCCUCAAGGCGGAACUGGGGCGACCCGGGCUCCUGCAACCUAAACACCCGGGGAGAAAGGAAGGUGGCAGACGUGCAGCGGUGCGCAUGCGCGGACACUUCUCUCGAGUGAAGGGUUGAGAGCCGGACCCGGGCGGCCAGCUGGGCUGAGAGCGGAGUAGGGUCAGGAUGGACGAGGACGUGCUGACCACCCUGAAGAUCCUCAUCAUCGGCGAGAGUGGCGUGGGCAAGUCCAGCCUGCUCUUGAGGUUCACAGAUGAUACUUUUGAUCCAGAACUUGCAGCAACGAUAGGUGUUGACUUUAAGGUGAAAACAAUUUCAGUGGAUGGAAAUAAGGCCAAACUUGCAAUUUGGGAUACUGCUGGUCAAGAGAGGUUCAGAACAUUAACUCCCAGCUAUUACAGAGGUGCACAAGGUGUUAUAUUAGUUUAUGAUGUCACAAGAAGAGACACCUUUGUUAAAUUGGAUAAUUGGUUGAAUGAAUUGGAAACUUACUGCACGAGAAAUGACAUAGUAAACAUGCUAGUUGGAAAUAAAAUUGAUAAGGAAAAUCGUGAAGUCGAUAGAAAUGAAGGCCUAAAAUUUGCCCGAAAGCAUUCCAUGUUAUUUAUAGAGGCAAGUGCAAAAACCUGUGAUGGUGUACAGUGUGCCUUUGAGGAACUUGUUGAAAAGAUCAUUCAGACGCCUGGACUGUGGGAAAGUGAGAACCAGAAUAAAGGAGUCAAACUGAUACACAGGGAAGAAGGCCCUGGAGGCGGAGCCUGUGGUGGUUACUGUUCUAUGUUAUAAACUCUGGGAAACUCCCAUCUCUUGCAUAUUUGAUCAGAUAGUGACAUCUUUCUGUAUAUAAACUCUUUAACUGCUAUUUUAGGGACCUUGCAGUUUGCACAUAUUUGUUUUGUAUCAUGGCAGUAAAUAUUUGCAAGAAAUCCCACUCAUCGGCUUUCCCAGGUAAAAUGUUAUGGUAAGCAUGCACAGUUUGCAGUCUACAGUUUUUUAUGUAACAUAAAAUAGGUGUACUUUUAUAAGUACAUUUGAUUUUAUGAUUUACAUUUAUCAUGUGAUAAAAAAAAUCCACCUAUUUAGUAUAUGUUGAUACAAGGUCUACUUUUGGUCUCCUCUUUGCAUAAAUACUCCUCUGUCAAUUACUGAAUUAAUUGGUAUGUAGAACUCCUAGAACUACUAGGAGAUAUUCAGGUAUCAUCAAACCUGGCAAAUUUCCUUUCAGGAAUAACAAAGAGCAUGAUUCCACAGCUUUUGUAGGAUGUUUGCAGACAGAUUCUCUUUUAGUACUAAGCAAAAUUCUCUUUAGAGGAUGCAAUCCAGGCCAAUUUAUAAUUAAAUCUCUGUUUGUUCUGAUGAUGCUUCUGAAAUAGCAUUGAUAUGUUAAGAAGUUUGGUCUUACUUUUACAUUUUCUUCAAUGAGUAGCUCAGUUGCUUAACUGGAGUUUUAAUUCUGUGAUAUGUACAUUGGAUUCUGACUCUUUGUGCAUCAUUUUUAGUUAUGUGGUGUUUGGCAAAAUGGCAAUAAGGUUUUCCCCCAUUUUGGUUUCAGAAGGAUGAGGAUAGUGUGUUUAUGUAACAAAUGUAGUAUUUAACCACUUUUAAAACCAACACCUUUUUCCAUAAACGUUGAUGGUGUUUGUCCAGGUACCUCAAUUGUAGCUCGUGUAAUGUUUAUGAACAUCUGUAUCUUAACACUCCCCUAAAUGGCUAGUUGAUUCAAAAACCUAUUUCUGUGUGUUGAGGGUUGGGAAAAAAAGAACACUAAAUGACCAUUUGAGAAAGACAUAUUGCUUCCAGAUUUUGAUGUGUGUGGGAAAAUACUGUUGCAAUGAAAAUCUUGGUAAUUUACUGUAACAAGUAGCCAAUAGUUUAUCAAAACCAACUUGUCCAGACUAAUAAAUCUUUUCCACAGUAUACAGUUUUCUAACCUCUUGCUGUUAUACAUUGCAUAUUUUUUUUCACUCGUAUGUUAUUUAACUUACAUUGAUAUCUGCUGUUUUAUGCCCCUGAAUAAGUUAUUUGUCCUUUCAGGCAGGUUACCAUGAUACCCCCUCAGUAAAAUUUCUGAUAACUAAUUUCUGGGUACAAAUACUAAUUGUAUAGAGUUGCAGGUGAUAACUUUUUGGGGGUCACUUUUGCAAUACUCGUGAUAGUGGAUUUACUUCAAGUUGGGUUCUAAAAUGUACACCUUCACGUAAGAGAAUCUUACAUUCUACUUGGUUCACACUUCUUAGACUACAUUACAUGUGAUUAAAGGUUUUAUACGUUAUAUAUGUAUUUACUAAAUAUAAAACAUUUACUCCUUUACUGUUGGAGAAAGGUAGCUAACACGUACUUAUGAUUUGUUUGUGUCACAUUACAGCUGUAGAUUUGUGUAUUUAUGUAGUGUUUGUAUUGACAAGACAUUCAUUUCUUUGUGCUUUUUGCUCUUUGAGCUAUAUAAUAAUCUUUUUGUGUAUUGGAUUGUCCUGUUGAUUUGGUCAAAAUUUGGAUACAUAUGAGUCACUUACUUUUAAACACUAAUUUUGUUUGAUAGAAUUAUAUUGUAACCUUUUGUAGUUUUUGAAAUAAAUAUAGCCUGCUUUCCCUAGAUGCAUUUGCGAAGGAAGUAUUCUACAUCUCCCUGUUACAUUCAUUGGCUGAGGAACAUCUGAAUGUAGUCUGACUCAGAUUCUAUUCUGUCAUAUGGCUUUCACUUUACUAUUUUGUUGCAAGCUUAUUGUUUCAUAGUGGAGGCUUUCUUUUUCUUUUUUUCCAGUGUUUAUUUAUUUUGAGAGUGAGCGAGUGGGGAGGGGCAUAGAGAGAGAGAGGGAGAGGGAGAAAAAAAGAAUCCUAAGCAGGCUCUGUGCUGUCAGUGCAGAGUCGGAUGCAGGGCUUGAUCUCAGGAGCUAUGAGAUCAUGAGCUGAAACCGAGAGUCAAAUGCUUAACUGACUGAGCCACCUAGGCGCCCCAGUGGUGGAGAUUUUCUAAGUGAAGUAGUUAUAGCAUCUAAAGUUGGCCACUUAAAUAGCUGAGGAUUUUGUCAGUUCUUCAUUUUCACAUCAUUGGAAGUAGUUUAGAAGUGCCUUUUGCAGAUGGUGCAAAUUAGAACAGUUGGAAUACAGUGUUUGGGAUUCUAGGAGUGCUGACACAGAUCUAAGCAAAUAAAUAAAUAUUUAAUUUAUGUUGAGAGUAAUAGUUAACAUUUACUGAAAGCUUCCUUGGUGCAAGGUGCUGUUCUUAGUGCUGGAUUAAUUCCUUAAGCCUCACAGCAACCUUAAGAGAUUGGUUGCUACACCUGUUAUGCCCAUUUAAAAAAUGAGGAUAGUGAAACCUAGAUAUGUUAGGUAACUCCCCAAAGAUCACAUAGCUUAAUCAGUGAUGGAGCUGGAUUCCAGUGAAGGCAUUUUUUAUAUGCCUAUACUCCUAACCACUGUUCCUUUUGUGUGGCUGUUUACUAGCUUUUUGUUUUAACACAGCAGGGUUAAAGGAGUUCCCCUAUUUUUAAAAAAUCAUUCUUUUGUUAUUUACUUUAUAAAAUCUGAACUACUUCUAUUAAGUAAAUUCCACUGGUAUAAACUAACCAGGUAAGUCAUUUGACCUAAAAGUUAAGGUAGGAGAGUGGGUAGUCUUUUAGUUCUUUGGCCUUCUCAGGAUUGAAUGAAAAUCCCUGGUUUAGGAAAGAUACAAAGGCAGGAGACAUGUGGGACCUUAACUUUUUAAUUGGCCCUGAGAAAAGAAAUUAAAUCUGGGAACAGUCUUUUGCUCAAAAUUGAAAUCUGGGGGGGGGGGGAUGUUUCGAGUAUGUAGUUGCCAUAUCUGCAGAUGCACACUUGGUGUUGACUUUCUAGUUGAAUGCAGUGGCAUUGAACUUGAUUUUGAUUCAUUGUACUUUUCAUACUCAAGAAGUAUAUGUGAUUCUGUACAAGUGUGGGACUGGCCCCAUAGCUCAUAAAAGAAUCCUUAUAUCAUUACUUUUUCUGUCUGUGAGAUGGCACAGACCUACCUCAUAUCCAUGAUAUCCUUAAAGAUGUUUUUUAAUGUUUUUUAUUUAUUUUGAAUGAGAGAGUGAGGGAGCAUGAGUGGGGGAGGGACAGAGGGGGGCGGGGGAUAGAGAGGAUCCCAAGCGCUUUGUGCUGUCAGUGCAGAGCCCAACACGGGGCUUGAUCUCAUAAAUCAUGAGAUCAUAAUCUGAGCCAAAAUCAAGAGUGUCGGAUGCUUACCCAUAACUGAGCCAUCCAGGUACCCCCCACCCACCGCCCACCCAACAUAGUAUCUUUAAACACAGUUUACUGUAUAGUUUUUCUGAUUUUCAAGUAAACUGGUAUAUUCCUCUAGGUCCUUUCAUUUGUAGGUCUUCUCAGUAUUCAAAUAUUAUGCUUCUGUAUCUUGGGUUCCAUUUCACUAGUCAUACUUUGGAAGUUUUUUAUCUGUUUAGAUAGAGGGAUAAAAGCAUUUAAUGUUUCCAGAAGACAUUCUAGUUCUGACCCCAGCCACACGUUGGGUUAUUAACUAGAGAUUCUAUCCUGGGUUUUGUCUAAGAAUGUUGAAAGAAGUGAAUAAGAAGAAGUAGGCUAAAUCAAGACUUGGAGCUAAGGAAUAUAAAUACAGAUUUACCCAGAUCUCUUUUUUUCCCGUCCAAAUGGGAACAUCUCUUCGGAGGGGGAGAAAAGGAGUCAACUUCUGUUAUGGGGCUUUAAAUUUUCCUAUUGUUAUUAGCUUUCUGUUUCAUAUUUAAGAAUCGGUGUUGUUUCUGGUUGUGGUAUAAAGUUUGGGUGCCUCUUAGAGCUGUUUUGUUACACACACAUUUCCAGUUGUGUGAGCACCUAUUGUCAGUCCUGCCCUCCCACACCUCUCUCACACACAAACGGUACUUUUUUUUUUUAUUAUUAGCCUGAUAAGCAACAGAUUAUUUAAUUUUAUUUGUAUUUUUUUGAUUACUAGUGAGAUUGGGCACUUUUAAUAUUUUAUUGGAUAUUUGUAUUUUCUUUAAUUCCUUGCUCAUGUAUGCCGAUCCAGCAUUCACUUCCAUGUCUUCUUUGGAUAACCAACUUCCUCCCAUCAUGCAUGUGGUUUAGACGGGAUU